UCCUCUUCAACCAACAAAGAACUCGUUAACCCAAUUAGGAACCUCCUCUCAAUACCGUCGAGAAGAUCAAAGUGAUCCACAAAUGAUUACAUUUCGGCGAUUCAUCUUAAUGGGGCGAAUUCUUCUCCCAAAAACCCAUCACCGAAAGAACACAUCGCGGCACCGUCCCAGCAUCUCAACAAGAAGGAGAGAUGCCUAUCCCUUCUCUUCUGUGGUCAGUUGCCGCAAGCAACUUGCACGUCAGUCGCCUGAAGCCUUCCGACUAGUCCUAACCUCUUGCCAUAACAUGUGCCUUGAAGAUUCGCGAGUGCCACUAACCACCUGAAGCGACAUUGCCAUAUUUUCCGAGUUACACGUGACGUGAUCAGCAACAAUGGACAACCCCGACUCCCCGGAUUCGCUGGGAAGCGAUCAACUUACCGUCGACUUGCUCAGUCCGGCGCCGAAGAGGAGGGCGGCAUGUGACAUGAGGAACAGGAGAGAUGGGACUCCUGACGUUUUAGGGAAAAACACGAACAACAACGAAGUGGGAUUCGUGUUGAUGGAGGACGAGUCCCCCGAAAACGGAACAGAAGAAGAAGAUGAAGUAUGUGUUAUCAAUAAUGAACGACUGACUGCCAGCGGCCAUGGUUCCUUAGCACUAAGCGGGAGCAGUCCUGGAUACGGAGCUGGUGGUUCCUCUGGCCACCAUCGAGGGUCAUCUGGAUUGCACCACGCCGCUGCAAUGCAGCAUCAGCUGCCGCAGCCUGACUUCCAGCCGGCAUAUUUCCCACCGACAUUCCACCAUCCACCUAGUCCGCCUCCUCAACAACAUCUGGAGUACCUCACGGAUCCGUAUGGUAGCCUGCCCGGUUUGCACCAUUACAACCAGUUAGGUCUGGGAAGGCCGAGGGAUUCGGAUCCUAACCAUCAUGUGGGCCAACUCGGUCAUGGAGGAAGUUUUCCAUACAGCUCAGGACCAGGGGGUGGUAGGUCAGAUUAUUCUGUCAGUGUUUCACAACGCCCACACGAUGACCCCUUGUCACUUCACCAGGCUCUUGGUCAGGCUGUUGAUGAAGCUCAAGGUGGUCUAGAUGACAAUUCAGGAUUUAUCUCAGAAAUACCUCUACUGAAAGGAAUGAAAGGUGGUAAAGAGCACGGUGUAGGUGCCAUGGUUUCACCUAGUGAUGUCUUCUGUUCAGUACCAGGCCGACUCUCGUUAUUAUCAUCAACCUCAAAGUACAAAGUCACCGUAGGAGAAGUUCAACGACGUCUCUCACCUCCUGAAUGUUUGAACGCAUCUCUACUCGGUGGAGUUUUGAGACGGGCCAAGAGCAAGAAUGGCGGAAGAAUCCUGAGAGAAAAAUUGGAAAAAAUCGGUCUGAAUCUGCCGGCAGGAAGGCGAAAAGCAGCUAAUGUGACCCUCCUCACGUCCUUGGUCGAAGGCGAAGCCAUCCAUUUGGCCAGAGACUUCGGGUAUGUCUGUGAAACAGAGUUCCCAUCACGGCAAGUGGCCGAGUAUCUUCUCAGGCAACACGGAGAGACCCCUAGGAGAAAGGAGCUCCUCCAAGCCACCAAACAGAUAACGAAAGAGCUAAUGGAUCUCUUGAACCAAGACAGAUCGCCCCUGUGCAAUACACGGCCCCAAAUCAUCUUAGACCCUUCCAUCCAGAGACAUUUGACUCAUUUUUCCCUCAUAAGCCACGGCUUUGGCAGUCCGGCCAUCGUUGCCGCUCUCACUGCCAUACAGAACUUUCUGAGUGAAUCGUUGAAACAUUUAGACAAAGUGUUCCCCAACCAAAACACCCAACAAGGACAGCAAAUGUUAGUGACGUCCACGUUAGAUAAGGCCAAAUUAGAGGACAAGAAGUGACCGUUCAGUAAAUUCGUGUUUUUUGUGAUCUAAAGAUAGCGCUGAUUUGGAUACAUUUUCAAUGGCGUCGUCUAGUUUGUUUUUGAGACUUUGUUAAGUAUUUUAUUGUAUUGUUUUUUUAUUGUAAUUAUUCUGAUUGAUAUAAGAUAUAUUUUUUUCAAACAGUGCCAAUACCGAUCGUAAACAUGUACAUAAAUUUGGGUAAAUAAUAAAGAAACAUUCCGAACAGUA